AUGAGAAAUGGUUCUUACGUGAAGCAAGAGAACGAAGGAUGUAAGAUCCUGUGGGACUUCACAGUACAAACUGAUAAGGUGCUCGAACACCGGAGGCCUGACAUUGUCAUUCUAGAUAAGGAGAAACGAAAAUGCAUUAUCAUUGACUUUGCAGCACCAGGAGAUCAAAACAUUACCACCAAAGAGCAAGAAAAGAUCACGAAAUACCAAGACCUGAGAAAAGAGAUUGAAAAACUUUGGGAUGUUAAAACCGCUGUAGUGGGAGAUGCACUGGGAACAGUUUCCAAAGAACUGGAAAAACAACUAAAACGAAUAGACAUGCCUCCUGUAGCUCCGUGCUUGCAGAAGGCAGUAUUACUAGAUACAGCAUCCAUCUUGAGGAAAGUGCUUGGCAUCUCAGGUGUUGACUCGUACAGGAACAUAAUGCGGGGCGCUGUGCUCACUGUGCUGUUGGUGGCAGCUGCGACCUUCGUGUCCGCAGAAGAAGAGUCAAAGGAUGCAGACCGUGCCAAGUUUUUCUUUGGGACUUACCGGACUACCACAUAUACCGUCGUGUCCGCUUCCACGUCGACAGUGUUCGCAACAUGCCUCUCUGGCACUGAUACCACCCUGUGCGCCGGCCGCAGUGCCCGGCGUGCCAGGAGGAAGCUAGACAAGGCCCUCGAGGACGUACGGAAGGUCACAGACGGAGACCUCAGCGGCAGCUUGCUGGACACCAAGAGCGUCGUCGAGAAUUUGGAGGACGUUGAAGACAAGGACAAGCUAGCCUUCACCGUGUGGACCACAUCCCGGACCACCACCUCCGUCACCGUGUUCUUCACCAACACCUCGUCCACUGUGCGCGUCUCCUUCUACUGCGUCGCCGGCGGCAUUUCGCUGCCCAACGGUUGCGCCGGCACCGGCUGAGGCGACGGCGGACGGCCCAGUCUCCUGCUCGCCUGCCUCUGCACGACUUUGUUACUGUACAUAUAUGUAAGGUUCUGAGCUCUUCUGUAUAUUUAAGAAAUAAAAAGAAAGCCAAAA